GCACCGGCCGCGGCGGGGCCCGGCGGCUCCGCGGGCGGCCUGGGCGGCAGCGGCGGCGCAUCGCCGCCGGCCGCGCUCCCGUGCCCCCCUCCCAGCGCCCCGGCCCCGCGGCGCGGAGAAGCGGCCCCGGCAGCGGCUCGGGACGGCGGCGGGCAGCGCCCACCUGGCGGCGCGGCGCCCCGGCGGGGCUGCGCGGCGGGGACGGACGGGGGAGGCGGGGACAGCCGCCGGGCGGUUGUUUCCCCGAGCGAGGUGCGGGGCCUGCGCCGCUCCCCGCGCGGUGCCGAGUGCCUCCCCGCGGCUGGGCCGGGCGGGCGGCCGGGCGCCCCUUGCGCGCCGUGCUGGAGGCGGAUGGAGGGAGCCGCUCUCCGCGCUCGGCCGCGGCCCCGCCGCCGCCGGGGGGCCGCCCUUGGCGGGGCGCGGGGGCGCGGCGGGCGCUGCCCCUGAGAUGCGGCGGCCCGCGCCCGCCCCGCCGCCGCCGCGCGCCCUACCUGUGCCGGGCCCGCCGCCGCCCCUCCCCCGGCCCCGCCGCCGCCCCCGCGGGGGCCGGGACUGAGCGCGCCGCGGCGCCGAGACACGGCCGCGAGGAGAGGGCGACGGAGCGGGAGCGGUGCCGGCCGCGGCGCAUGAUGUGGGUGCCGCUGCUGGCGUGCCUCGCCGCGGGGAUCGUCUCCGUGCCCAGGUGCCAGCGCGGUCCCGGAGCCCUCCUGGGGGCGGCCCGGCUGCUGGCGGCCGUGCCGGGACUCUGCCAGCGCCCGGAAAACAGAUGUGCCACUUCAAAUGCAGUAACAUGCACAAAGUGUCUUGCUUUGGGUCCGGAGUGUGGAUGGUGUGCUCAAGAGGAUUUCAUGGCCGAUGCAACACAGAAGGGACGCUGUGACACUGUUUUCAACUUAAUGAAAAGAGGCUGCCAAUCAGAUUUUGUAGAAAAUCCAACAGUUCGUGUCACAAUACCCAGUGACCAUGAAACAAAUACACAAGUGACACCAGGAAAAGUUUCGAUCCAACUGCGUCCAGGAAAUGAAGCAAACUUUAUGUUAAAAGUUCGUCCUCUCGAGAAAUACCCUGUGGAUCUUUAUUAUUUAGUUGAUGUCUCGGCCUCUAUGCACAACAACAUAGAAAAACUAAAUUCCGUUGGAUUUGCAUUAUCUAAAAAGAUGGCGAAUAUUUCUCUUGAUUUUCGACUUGGAUUUGGAUCCUAUGUGGAUAAAACUGUGUCACCCUAUAUUAGCAUUCAUCCAGGCAGAAUCCAUAACCAGUGCAGUGAUUAUAAUUUAGACUGUAUGCCUCCUCAUGGUUAUAUUCAUGUGCUAUCCCUAACUGACAAUAUAGCAGAAUUCAGAAAUGCAGUGAAUAAACAAAAAAUUUCUGGGAAUAUUGAUACACCUGAAGGAGGUUUUGAUGCGAUGCUCCAGGCAGCUGUGUGCCAGAGCCAUAUUGGAUGGCGUAAAGAAGCAAAACGACUGCUUCUUGUGAUGACAGAUCAAACUUCCCAUCUGGCACUUGAUAGUAAAUUAGCAGGGAUCGUAAUUCCCCAUGAUGGAAACUGUCAUUUGAAAGAUAAUGUGUACAUCAAAGCUACGAGUAUGGAGCAUCCAUCUCUUGGGCAGCUCUCUGAAAAAUUGAUUGACAAUAACAUCAACGUUAUUUUUGCAGUUCAAGGAAGCCAGUUCCAUUGGUAUAAAGAUCUGUUACCUCUGUUGCCUGGUACUGUUGCAAGACAGAUAGAAUCACAAGCAGCAAAUCUCAAUGACUUGGUGGUGGAGGCCUAUCAGAAACUAAUCUCUGAAGUGAAAAUUCAAGUGGAUAACCAGAUCCAAGGUCUUCAUUUCAAAAUCACUGCGAUCUGUCCUGAUGGAAGUAAGAAGACUGGCAUGGAAGGAUGUAAAAAUGUGGGAUAUAAUGAAGAAGUACUUUUCAAUGUAUCAGUUACAAUGAAUGGAUGUGAUACAACUGGAGGAAAAAAAUAUGCAAUACUUAAGCCUAUUGGUUUCAAUGAAACCGCCAUCGUUAGUGUGCAGAAAAGCUGUGCCUGUCAGGAUGGAGACAGUGCAAGGCACAAAAGAGUAUGGGCUGAUGAAACUUUUUCUGAUGACAAACAGUCCCAUUGCAGUGACAACAGCUGUAGCUCUAAUAGAGAGACGCUUCCUUCUGAGAGGUGCAGACAGUACUGGGACCAGCCCAUCUGCAGUGGUCGAGGAAACUGCAUAGACGGAAAAUGUUUCUGCUACAAAAACAAGCUAGGCAAAGUAUAUGGCAAGUACUGUGAAAUGGAUGAUUUUUCCUGCCCGUAUCAUCAGGGACACUUAUGUUCUGGUAAUGGUGAAUGUGAAGCUGGUACAUGCAAAUGCUUUGCUGGCUGGGAAGGUGACCGUUGCCAGUGCUCAUUACAAUCGGCAAAGCACUGCCUGAAUUCAAAGGGUCAGAUUUGCAGUGGAAGAGGAAAAUGUGUAUGUGGAAAGUGUGAGUGCACAGACCCGAGAAGCUUUGGCCGUUUGUGUGAAUAUUGUCCUACAUGUAACAAAGCCUGUGAAGAAAACUGGAAUUGUGUUCAGUGCCAUCAUUCUAACAAUGCAUCUCACACAAAACUUGACCAGUGCACAACCUCAUGCACUUACUUGCUGCAUUAUAUUGACCAAACUUCAGAAUGUUUCUCUGGACGAAGCUACUUUAGAGUCUUUUCCAUAAUCUUUAUAGUUACCUUUCUGAUCGGGUUGCUUGUUGUCCUUAUCAUCAGGCAGAUAAUUCUGCAGGGGAGUAGCAAUAAAGUUAAAUCUUCAGCUGAUUACAGAGUAUCUGCAACAAAGAAGGAUAAGAUGUUUUUGCCUACUGUUUGUACAAGAACAGUAACAUACAGACGUGACAAACCAGAGGAAAUAAAUAUCGACAUCAGCAAGUUACGAUUAAACGAAACUUUCAAGUGUGAAUUCUGAAGACAGUGUGUUUUCUGCAAAUGUCAAUUUCCAUCAUGCUCGACUUUUUAAAAGCUACCUUUUGUACUCUGUCAGAGUCUUGACUGUUGCCAUAUGGGUUUGUGUUGUGUGUUUUGUUGAAUACUGUAACAAAGUGACAUGUAAGCAUAUUCACGUAAUGUGACUAUGUUUGAAACUAUAGCUGCUGUUUUAGAGUGGGUUUUUUUUGGUUUGGUUGGGUUUUGUUUGUUUUUUGUUUGAAAGAGAAAUGUGCAUUACUACUGUUGAGGAACAUUAGCGUCGAUGUAGCACUUUAGUGUAUUCUAAUUUAUUUAGUUAUGGCCUAGAAUGUAGACAUGAACUGGUCUGACAAAGCACUGAUCUCACUCUACAUGUAGCUAGUACUGAUGUGCUCUGUGGGAAUGGACAAAAGCUGUGACUGAAAUAUUAACAUUGCUAUAUAUUAUAGCAACAGAUGAAACUAUUCAAAUGCUCUUAAAUAGAGUAAAUGGUACUUUUAUAUUUCUCUCAGUUGACAAAUUCCACUGAUUUGUCUGCUUUACCCUCUUAGCUUUUCCUUAUUACUUAAUAAAAAUGACUGGAUUAAAUGAGUGCUUAGUUACUGGUGUGGGUGUAUAGUUGUGUGUGUAUACACACACACAUGCAUGCACACACACACAGGUAGAUAAUAUAUAUAUAGUUUUUUAUAUGUAUGAUGUCACAAAGAUAAUUUAUACUUGUUUCAACAUAAAAACUUUUAUACAAAUUUUAAGGUAUUUGGAAGCUGAGUGGCUGCAGAAAACAAGAGUUUCUCUGUCCAGCAGCAUAAUCUACAUGAUGAUCACUGCCGGCUGACUACACCUUUGGAGUCAGCAGCACCAACUCCAUUGCAAGUAGAUAAAUUACACCAGAGCUGGUUUUGGUUUGCUAGCUACAUGUCAGUGUUUUGCCAAAUAAGAGCUUUGUUCUUUUUGUAUGACGUCAGACAUAAGUCUGAUUUCACACACAUGCUCUUUUUUUCUUGUAAAUUAGUUGACAGGGUUACUUUUUGUGAAUUCUUACCUAACCACUUCAGGUUUUGUGACUGUGCAUUUGGGAAAUGUGUCCAGUGUGAUGUGGAAAAGAACCUGCAGUUUGGAAGAAGGUGAGGAAAACAGGAGUCUUUUUGUCAAGACAACACAUUAACUGACUUCAUAAAUGUCGGAUCAAAUUCUGCCUUCAGAAAUGGGCAAAAAGUCUUCUAAAUACAGUGGGACCAAUAUAAGCUUAUCUGAGAGCAGAAUUUGAGCUACAAGGUCAAGUAGAAGCAUUUUCUUACCCCUGAAACCUGCAAUAGUGGUAAAAGACAUGUUAUUGUUAUAUGCUAGUUGGAGAAGUCAACCUGAUAUGUUAACUUUAUACUGCCAAAACCCUACAAAAAUCUGACCAACUUCCAAUGCACUAACAUCUUGCUGGCAAAAAGAAAAAAUCAUCUCAGAAGACAGUGUGCAGUGUAUCAUUUUAGCAACAUUAAUUACUGAUACUAAAUAUUAGUCUGUACUUGUCACAGAUAGGAAUUACAGAAACAAAGCAGGACGUCUUUAUAUGCGUUUUUUAGGAAUUGAUAUAUAUUUGUAUUUCCUAUUCUGUUUUGAUCCUGUAAAUUCCCACUGAAAUCUGAAAAGUAUACAUGUGAAAGGAAGGCAGGACGCAGAACAAAUGAUCAGUGUUAUGUUCACAAUUUCUUGGGUCAUGGAUUAAGUGAGAUUGAGAAAAAUAAUACAGAGACAAUGAGCCUUCCAUAAAUUGUCAUAAAAGCUUUAGUUCUUAGGGAUUGUUUUUUAAAAAAGGUAAAUUGGAGUAUUAGAUUCUCUAAAGCAGUCUUCAGUGUAGUCCCUGAGCUUUCCACCAUACAGGUAGAAGUGUCUCUUUUAAAGAAAAGGGGGUUUCAUUACGCUGACCCUGAUUUUACUGAUAGGUUAAUUGUAUUAUCUUAAUUAUAGAUUAACUCUGCAAUCUAUCAAGUAUACCGUAAACUUUCAUUUUCUUUAAAAUAUGUAGAACGGUUUUCCUCCGGUGUAAAUGAACAGAUUCUAAACAAUUUGUUUCAGUGGGUUAAAGAGAAAAGAUUGAUAAAGGUUUAUCUGCUACAGCCCUUGUCACAGUUCAUUAGUAUUUUUAAGUGAGUAGGAAACAGUCUGUGGUUGUUUCACUUAACAAAAGAAACAAACAAAAAAAAUUAAAAUCUCAGCAGAGAAUAUCUGAGUAUAUAACAAAACAUGUGACUAUGUUCUUUAAACAGCAUGAUAGGUUUUUUUAACAAAAAGAAAUCCUCAGAAUGUAUUUCUCAUAAUGGCCUUUAAAGUGUUUACUGAAGUGAUAGCUAAUGUUUUUUAUUUUGAAAUUAAUUUUCACUGUUAGAGUGAGUUAAAUUAUGUAGGUGGGGGACAGCAAAGCUGUGUUCUUUGUGGAAGAAAGAUCUGAGUUGUAACAGCCGUCUUCCAGACACAUCUCAGUGCUAACUACUUUUCUUCUGUAGCACUUAGUUGGCAUUGCAGUGCUGCCUGUGAAGGGGCACGGCCAGUAUUUCCUUAUCAGACACCUGCCUGAAUGUUUAAAAUGCUCUGGUCAAUUCGAGCAAGCUCACAGGACAAAUUACACUGUAAGCAGCUUGCUGUCCUGAGGUUAAAAAAAAGUAUACUUUUUUUAAAAAAAGGUUUUUAAGGAAGGAAAAAAAAAAAAGCUUUUUUGCAUCUCCCUCAUGGUUUUGCUGCAUUGUGGAGGAGGCUAGUGAAAAAGAAUAAGCUGCUGCUAAUGUGACAGGUCAAGGCUUUUAGAAGGCCCAUGGGGAGCUUACACAGAGCAGGAUCCUUGGGAGGAGGCUUUGUUUCUAGGGAUGGAAUCUAUCCAUGAGAAACUCUGGCCUUGCUUGGUACUUGUUUCCCUCUGCCUUUGACCAUGUUUUUCAGAAGAGCUGCUGCAGGAGAUGAAUAGCCCAACAAAAGCCUCACUAUUUAGGGAGCUGUGUUCCCUCAGCACAUGACCUUAAAUGAGAAAGCAGCCUGUAAUUCACAAGGAAUUUCCUCGGCGAUUGCAGAAGGACUCUGCUUCCUAUAGUGCUUAAUAUGGGAGAUGUUAAAGACGAAUUAGUUCAUAUUAAUUUUCAAUGUAUUGUGCGUCAAAGAUGCUCAUAAAAAUGGGUGGGGGGGUGUGCGUGUGUAAUGUGUGUAAUAUCUAACCUCAGAAUAGAACAUUCCAAACUUCUUAUACUGGUCUUCUUCAAAAACUGAAAAAAAAAGUCAAAUAAUUCAACUGUGUGCCUGUACCCAAAAAUAUACAGGCAGAUUCUGUUGUAUCUCAUCAUUGGUUUGGAGAGUUAUUUUUAGAUUUGCUCCCGCAAACAGAACACGUGCAUGACUUUUCACAGCAGAUUUGUUAAUGUUAAAAUCCAUAUGUAUACUUUUGAAAUUCUAGUCUCACUUUUUUUACCUUUAACUGGUUACUUGUCUAACAUUUCAGAAAUUACACGUUUAUGCAAUUAAAAAGCAUGCAUUUUACUUCAGAUAUUUUUUUAGAGACUAAAAUGAAGAAAUGCUAUGAAUUGAUUAUUUCCAAGCAUGGUGAGUACAUUAAUAACAUUGCAGCAGAAGUGUGUGGGAAAAUAGCUGGUUCGUCCAGAAAACGUGCACAUGGUAUGCAAGGAAUUUUCAUUGUGCCCAGCUGAAAUUCCCUUACGUUCACAAGGAAUGUUGAGAGUGAACCUUAAAAAGGAAGGACAUUUGUAUAGGCAUAGUUUACAUUUUAUCCAUUAUUUUCAACUGGAUUUAUUUUUUCCUCUCAGUGGUGUCAUGAAAACCUGCUAUGUAAAGUAUUCUUCGGACUGCAGUGGAAAAAAUCAUUUUCCCAGUCUGGUCAUAUAUAAUAUUUUUUUCCUGCAUGGUGUGCAUACCUAAAUGUAGAUGUGUUGCAAACCGUUGGAGUGACCAUGUGAAACAGCUUCAGGCAACCGUAGUCCUAAAGCAGCCGUAAGGCCUAGGGAUGCCCAAGGCAGAGACACGGCUUGGGUGCAAGUGCAAGGGCACUGCUGCUGGCGCAGGGACUUGAAAAGGGACAGCAUCCUCAGCAGGCACAGUGUGUCCUACAGUUCCCCACAGCAUCCCCGCAGAGAUGGUGCUCUGAGACCACGCUCCAUGUGUCGGGGCAGGAAGCCUGGCCAGCGGGCUGGCCAGCAGGGCUGCUGCGGCUCGUGUCCCAGGCGCUCGGCCGCGUGUUGGCACCGCAUCGCGUGCAGCCGCGAGCCACAGCACUGCGGCUCUUCGCAUCUGUACUGCUCGAGAAUCCUUGCACAUGACCUAGCAAGGGACUGCCUGUGCUGGUACGUACUGUCAACCUGGGUGCUGCAGACCUCCGUUAGAGCUGCUGAGAAGUCUUCAGGCAUCUGCCCUUCGACUUCCCACCAGGCUGAGGAUGCUCACCAGCCAGCCUUAAGGAAUGUAAGCUGUAGCUGGGGAAGGGCACUUCUUCAGAGGCAUUUGUGCUGAGUCAGUGCUGAGCGGCACUUACUCUGCUCUGACUGUGAGUGAAGCAUAGUGCCAGUGUUCUGGCUGUCCGUUCGCAAGAGAGGGGAAAGAUUUAUUUGCUAAGCAGAAAUGGAGCAGUAGUUAAGAAGAACACUACUUUUUAAUGAUGAUCUUGACACUGCUCCAAUGCACAGACAUCUCGUGGAUCUCACAGAGAAUUGAAAUUCAUGGAGAGGGAAAAAAGGUUAAAAUUAGCCAGCGUGAAUGCAUUUCUAUAGCGAGCCAAAUCAGUGGGGUUUCGCUGGGUGCAGGCCAACUCAGAAUGGUUGGCCUUUAUGGGGGGAGGAAGGGGGGAGAAAAAGAAAAAAACUAAAAUAAGUAGAUUCUUAAACUUUGGAAACACUGCUCUGGAUUGCAAGUUCUCUCUGUUUCCCUUUCUGCACACACUCAAAAAAAAAAAGGUACCUACUUACUAAAAAAAAAAAAAAAAGUCUGGCAUUUGUUAAAAUAAUGGCUUCUACCCAAAUCCUAACAUUUCAUCCUGAUAUCUAUAUUGUGUUUGGGCUGUUCCAGUUAUAUUUUGAAGGUAGAUGUAGAAAGGUGAAAGAUUCUUUUGGGAAGGCAUUAGCAUUGGAUGAAUUCACUGUGCUAGCAUCUUCUUCGCUUUUACUUACUACUGCUUCAAAAAAUAAAGCUACUUUAAAGUGUCUUAUUUAGCAAUGGUGUGACAGCUAUUAAUAAUACUACAGUUUUUAACUUUCUAUUUAACAUAUACUACCUUUUGUAAAAAAAUAUAUACAGAUAAAUAAUGUUUCUCUAGAUGUUAUGCAUAAAGAAUGUUAGGAAGGGAAGAGGUUUAAAAUAAAUUUAUAACUUCUUACUGUUCAUUUUACAUUUUAAAUGAUACCUUUAAAUCACUACUUCUGUUUGUCUGGAAAUAUACUGAAUAUUUUAUUAUUUAAAAUAGUAUACUUUUAUAGCUGUUUAUUAAUUUCAGUUGACUACUAACUUCUAUUUUGAUAUUUAUUAAUGAGUUGACACUGUAGUAUAUUGAGAUGUUUAUUUUUCUAUCAGUCAGAGCUGUAACAACUAUGACAUAGCAUUAUUUUAAUGCAACAUCAUUGUACUUGCUCUCUAAAAAAUAAAAAUCGGUAUUUAAUCCAUAUGGAUUUUUCAUAUUUUUAGUGUUCAAUGUCUGUGAUAAAUUAAAGAAGAGAUGCUCACUUCCUUUUAAAAAUAUAAAGCACUUUCAUUAAGGUGCACAGAUGUCUGCAAAGGGAAGCAUAUGACUACAGUCAUUUUAAAAUGGAAUGAUACUGUUUCAGGAGAGAUAAAAUAUGAAGAAUGCCAUGUUUAUCAGAGGUAGGCACACAGAUGGAUGCAUGCUCUGGAUGAAAGUUGGGAAGGUGGGGAGGAACACAACAGCAGUUAGCAAUUCGUAGGUGCAGCUGGUUUACCUUGCCCAACCCAACUGAAAUAUGAAUGCACCACAAGGUGCUAGCACUUUGUAGGGGACAAGAAGAUACUUCUUGUAGAAAUACAGUCUAUAGAUUGAUAGGUGAUUACAAUAGCCUUACUUGUGCGUGCCGUUGUUGGGUGGUAGAGGAGCUGGUUUUCGGGGAAGGGUAAAUCACAGAUGCCUCAUCUAUGCUGCUCACUGCAGGCUUAAGUUGCUUUAUGAGUACUGAUGAAAGCGCACCACUGGAUUGGGAACGUGACGCGUGUUCUGUUCUCAGGCAGUAUCAAUAAUAGCAUUUGCUUUGCACAGUGCUACAGAAGCUCUCAUGGAAAGGACUACAGACAUUCAAAAUUUGUGCUGUAAGACUAUGAUGCCUCAGUAAGAGACAGUGGCACCAAGACACCUGACGCAUCACUGGUAAAACUAGCUGUUCACGCUUCUAACAUACCCAGUUUUUGCUCUGGGGGUGAGAAAGAGAGAGCUAGAAUCAAGUGACAACUGAUACAUGCUCAGUCAUCACGUCGGUUAGUGUCCAGGACUUAACAAUAUAAUAGAAAAACUCUGGGAAAAGGUAUACAUCAAAACUAGAAUUUAAAAUAAGUAUCACAAGGAUGAUCUUUUCAUCUUUGUUGCUUCUUCUAUCAAGGUAUGGAACAUAAUCCCAAUAUGUCUGAUGAGACUGAAGGCUGAGAAAUUUCCUUUCACAGAGGCAGGAGUCAUCAGCCUUCACUGACACACGGAGCAAGCACAUGCAACCAGUCCUAUGAAAUGAGAAAUACACGUUUUCCUGAAAAGCGCUUUAUCGAGGGAACAUUAAUGUUAUCUCCAACUGAGAGAAAACAUAAACCUAGGUCUGAAUUUCAAACGUGAUUUAAGCAUGAAACGUGAGCUAUAGACAUAGGGUUUAAUUUUGCCAUUUGAUAAUAAUCUUGAAAUCAAGGUUAGUGUUAACACUUCAGUUGCCUAUAGACAGUGAUCCUGGCACCAAGGUGUAUUGCAUACCCUGCAUGUUAUGGAAUAAUGGUAAGUGAUCUGUAUGAAGUCUCUUUUUUUCCUUCCUGUGUCCUGAAAUCCAGCAAGUAAAUCACACCUAUAUACCUUAAAAAUGUCGAAAUAAUGACAGAUAGGGUUUGUGACACUAGUGCCAUUGUAUUUAAUCAAAUGUUAUUCAUAUCCACGAAGUUGUAAGUGAGGGCACAACAGUGCCCUAAUUUGGCUCUAAUGUAAUGCAACU